UCUCCUGGGAAACAAACCAAAAGUCAUACAUUACAUACAUCAAUCUUUGUAAGAACAAACAUUAUAUUAUGGCAAUUGCAAAGCUUCUUUUGGUUUGCUCUCUGCUCUUCUUCAUUCAUCAUCAGGCAAAUGCACAGAACCUGCGGACGAAUUUCUACAACAAGACGUGUCCGUCUUUGGAGUCCGUCGUGAAGAAGACGACGGCGCAGUUCAUUUCUCGUGCACCUUCGCUUGCUGCUGCACUGCUGAGAAUGCAUUUCCAUGAUUGUUUCGUCAGGGGUUGUGACGGGUCCGUGCUUCUAAACUCUACGACAAGUAACUCAGCUGAGAAGGAUGCAUUCCCGAACCAAAGCCUGAGAGGGUUCCAAGUUAUUGAUGCUGUAAAAGCUGCAGUGGAGAAGACGUGUCCUGGAAGAGUCUCUUGUGCUGAUAUUCUGGCUUUGGUUGCCAGAGAUGCAGUGUCACAGAUAAAUGGACCGUCUUGGGCGGUUCCCUUGGGACGACGAGAUGGAAAUGUGUCGACAGCCAAUGAGGCUUUGGCCAAUCUGCCGCCUCCCAACUUCAACAUCACUCAGCUGAUAGCAUCAUUCGCUGCAAAGGGUUUAACCGUUAAGGAUCUCGUGGUCUUGUCAGGAGGUCAUACGAUCGGCGUCUCCCAUUGCUCUAGCUUCACGAACCGCCUGUACAACUUCACAGGCAGGAACGAUACGGACCCAAGCAUGGAUCCCAACUAUGUAGCCGCAUUGAGGAGGAGAUGCCCGCCGGCUGACACGACUACCAUCGUGCAGAUGGACCCCGGCAGCUUCAAGAACUUCGACACUGAUUAUUACACACUUGUAAGGAAGAGAAGGGGACUUCUCCAGACAGAUGCAGCUCUUCUCAACAACAAUGUGACAAGUGCUUAUGUACAGUUGCAUUCAAGUUCAUCAGGGGACUCCAGUUUCUUUAAGGACUUUGCUGAAUCGAUGGUGAAAAUGGGGCAGAUUGGAGUGUUGACUGGCAGUGCAGGUCAAAUCAGGAGGAUUUGUUCAGCUAUUAAUUAAAAAGUUCAUUUUCUUGUCAUAUAUGUUCAUAUUUCUCUAUGUGAAAGUGCGGGAAAUUCUAGUUUGAAUCGGACGUUGAUUCAACUCAAGACGGUUGUGUGAUCGAGCAAAUAGUAGUUGCAUGCUUGUAACAGUAUUUGUCGUGUGAUUAGUUGGGUCUAACCAGAUCCAAUCUGAGGGGAGAAAAAAAUCAUGUAAGGUGCUUUUAUGUAUUCGUUUCCGCAUUUGUGUCGUGUAAUUUGAUCCAUUCUUUGGCGCAAUUGUAAGUGAAUAAAAUCCUUGUUUUUUCUUAAAUUUAUGUAAUAAAACAUGUUUUCUAUCA